UCUCCAAUAGCUUACAGUGGUGGGGACAACCCCGGAAUUCUGGAAUGUUCUCCCACAGCUUCCAGCAGCGGGAGAAACCCCCAGAAUUCCGGAACCUUCUCUCACCACCUCAUUUCUCCCACAGCUUCCAGCGUCGGCAAACCCCCGGAAUUCCGGAACGUUCUCCCAUCACCGCCAUGGCUCCGUCGCGCAGCCGCUCCACCCAGAUCCCGCCGUGCAUCCCCAAGCGCCAGCUCCCGCCAGGCUACUCGGACUCGCUGCUGUUCCUCUGUGCCCGCCGCAUGGUGGCCCAGCACCCGCUGCCCGUGCUGCUGCCCGCCAUGCCCGCCCACCUCUACCCCAUCCUGUUCCAGGCGGCGUUCCUGGACGGGCGGCCCCUGGUGCUGCGGGACCUGGUGGCCGCGUGGCCGUUCCCGGUGCUCAACUUCCAGCGGCUGGUGGGGCGCCGGGAGCUGCUGCGGGACCAUCCCUGCAAGCUCUGCGUCCAGGCCGUCAUCCUGGCCGUGGUGGCGCAGCUGCGGCGGCAGCUGGAGGAGCCCGGCCACGACGCCAGCGGGUGCCGCCUCCGCGUGCUGGACGUGACGGGAGUUCCGGACGACCCGGCCGGCCGCGCUCCGGACGGGAUGAGCGUGUGGUCGGGCACGGUGGCUUUGGCCAAGGCUUGCGUGGAGGUGUCCAAGCACCAGCGGGAAUUCCAGCGGCGCGGAUCCAAGCGGCACAAAGGCCGCUCGGGCGCCGCCACGGCCGCGGCCGCUCCGCAGCCCCCGGGCGUCGACGUCCACGCCGACCUGUUCGUCAACGGGACGUCCUACGGGAUCCUGCGCGACGCGCUGCAGCCCGGGGCCGCCGGCCCGCUGCGCCUCAAGUGCCGCGAGCUCCAGGCGGAAAAGCUCUCGCUGGCCGGAAUCGUCGGCCUGCUGGAAACUCUGGACCCCUCCUGCGUGCGCAGGGUGGAUCUGCGCUUCCGCAAUUUGGGAUUGACCGGGCUCUCGGUGAUCCUGCCGCACCUCUCGCGCUUCCCGGAGCUGCGCAGCCUCAAGCUCCAGUACAGCAACGUGGACGUGCGGCGCCCCACGCCCGAAUCCGCCAUCGGCAUCCGGUGCCUGGCCGGGCAGCUGGGAAUGCUGCCCAGCCUGCGCGAGCUCAACCUGGGAUCCUCCCGGCUCUCCGGGAACCUGCGCCAGAUCCUCUGCGACCUCCAGGCGCCGCUGGAAAGCUUGGAAUUGGCCUUCUGCUCCCUCGUUCCCGCCGACCUCGCCUUCCUCUCCCAGAGCUUCCACGCGCCGGCCCUCAAGCGCCUGGACCUGAGCGGCCACGACUUCUCCCAGGGCCUGCUGGAGCCGCUGCGGCUGCUCCUGGAGGAGACCUCGGCCUCGCUGCUGCACCUGGAUCUCAUGGAAUGCCGCAUGGCCGACUCCCACCUGGACGCGCUGCUGCCGACGCUGCGCCGCUGCUCCCGCCUGCGCUUCCUGGGACUCUACGGCAACUCCCUGUCCACGGCGGCGCUCAAGGAUCUGCUCCACAAAACCCUGGAGCUGCCCGAGCUGCGCCUGGUGGUUUAUCCCUUCCCCGUGGAUUGCUACAAGCCGGAGCCGCCGCGCCGCGUGCCGGGCUCGCGCCGCAUCUACGAGGAGCCCAUGGACGGCGAGCGCCUGGCGGCGGCCACGGCCGAGAUCUCGCAGCUGCUGGCCAGCUCCGGCCGCACCGACCUCGUCUGGACUUACAACCCCUACGGCCACGGCACGCUGGACUACUUCUCCUUGUGAUUCCCGAAAAAUGGAAAAACCUCGGAGCCUCCUCCGCGCUGGGAAAGCGGCGCCGCGUCCUUUUCCGGAAUUCCGGGCGUUUUUUUCCGCCUCGUUCUGGUGGUUUUUUCCC